ACCAGUGGAACUGGGGGGCAGCUACUCUGGCAUAUCUCUACCAGAAGCUGAAUGAGGCCUCCAACUGGAGGACGAGGCAGCUGGUCGGAUCCUGCACUCUGCUUACGAGCUGGAUCAUCUCCUACUUCUCCCGCAUCCACGGCUUCCACAUCGAUCCUGCGUACGUUGACGCCAUGCCCAGGGCCGCCAGAUACGCCCUCCAGAGGGGGAACGAUGCGGUGGGACCAUACCGCCUGUACCUGGACCGCACGAUGCACGACGACGUCACCUGGAGGCCGUUCGCCGACUAUGCUCAGGUUGUCCCCUUCGACGGGGUUGCUCUAUAUUCAGGCUGGUUGGCAUGCGGGACCGGCAUCAUGGUCCGGUAUCUCCCGGAGCGGUGCAUGCGGCAGUUUGGGUUCGUGCAGAUCAUACCCAGGUCACCCUUCGAGGCUGCUCCUGACACAGUGACCAGAGUGCAGCUCACUGCCAUAUGGGAGGAGUGGCAGCAUCAUGUGGUACCGGAGGAGUACCGUCGCAUGCGGGUCACCCAGGACUGGCACAGUGUGGAGGGGUACGUCACAUGGUUCUACCGGGUGUCCCAUCCUCUCUUGAGACCCGACGUUCCCGGCGCUCCUAGGCCAGCACACGAGGAGAUCCUGGAGAACCGGCAGGCGGAGGAUGACCACGCCAUUGAUCUCCUUCCGAUCUGCCAGCGGAUAGAGAUGCUUGGGCGGGACGCGUUGCAUCGAGGUGUCAUUCAUCAGGGCGGAUCAGAGGCAAUCGCCGUGAUGGAGAUGAUCCUAUGA